AUGUCCCCGAGGGCCACCCGCCACCUCCUCCUGCUGGCCGGGCUCGUGGCGGCGCUGGGAGUGUCGCCGGUGUCCCCAAUCCACGUGUACACGCAGCGCGAGGUUUAUGGCACCGUGGGGGCGAGUGUCACCCUGUCCUGCAGCUUCUGGUCCAGCGAGUGGAUCUCGGAGGACAUUUCCAUCACCUGGCACUUCCAGGCCGAGGGCACCCGCGACAGCAUCUCCAUCUUCCACUACGCCCAGGGCCAGCCCUACAUCGAUGACGUGGGGAGCUUCAAGGAGCGCAUGGAGUGGGUGGGGAACCCGCGGCGCAAGGACGGCUCCAUCGUCAUCCACGGCCUGGAGCCCAGCGACAACGGCACCUUCACCUGUGACGUCAAGAACCCGCCCGACAUCGUGGGCAAGUCCUCGCAGGUCACGCUCUACGUGCUGGAGAAAGUGCCCACCCGCUACGGCGUCGUGCUGGGCUCUGUCAUCGGCGGGGUCCUGCUGCUGGUGGCCGUGCUGGUGGCCCUGGGCUACGCCACCCGCUACUGCUGGCAGCGGCGCCAGGCGCUCCUGCAGCGGCGGCUGAGCGCCAUGGAGAAGGGGAAGCUGCAGCGCUCGGGAAAGGACGGCUCCAAGCGCAGCCGGCAGGCCCCCGUUCUCUACGCCAUGCUGGACCACGGCCGCAGCGCCAAGAAAUCCAAGGGAGGCGCGGGAGACUCUCGCAAGGAUAGGAAAUAGCGGUUAGCGGGCAGGGAGGGACCCCCGGGGGCGGGCACGGGGGACCCCCGGCCCCCCAAAGUCAUCAUGACCAUCGAGAUGGAGCUGCGGGGGGAGCCCCAGGCCGCGCCCCCACCCGCCGCCCGCUCCCCGAGCCGGGGCAGCCUCAAGAGCGCCCUGCUGAGCAUCAUCAAACCCAACUCGGGGGGAGCUAUUUCUGCACCGGACCGCGGCAUUCCCGGGCCCUCCGAACCCCCCGACCCCCUCCCACUGCCCCCAAAAUCCGGCUGUGAACCUCCCCAAAACCCGGCUGCAAAUCCCCCCAAAACCCGGCUGCAAAUCCCCCGAAAUCCGGCUGUGAAUCCCCCAAAUCCGGCUGUGAACCCCCCCAAACCCAGCUCUGUGAACCCCCCCAAAUCCGGCUGUGAACCCCCCCGAAAUCCGGCUGUGAACCCCCCGAAACCCGGCUCUGUGAACCCCCCCAAACCCGGCUGUGAACCCCCCCAAAUCCGGCUGCGAAUCCCCCAAAACCCAGCUAUGAACCCCCCGAAAUCCAGCUGCGACCCCCCCCCACCCUAA